AUGGACAACCAGAUUAAAAAUGUGCAUAAUGAUUCCUUCUCUCAUCUCCCCAACCUGGUCAAACUGAAUCUGAGAGUGGACUGUCUACCUCCAGGGCUGAGCAUCUCAUCUGUCCCAUGUCGUAUAACCAUCCAGCUGGGAGCCUUCAUUGGAUUGCAGCGUCUGAAACAGCUGGAUCUGUCUGAACACAGUUUACCAUCCAUUCCACUUCUACCCCCAACCCUGCAGUACCUGAACUUGUUACGCAACAGUAUUCUGAGGCUGGAACCCAACGUGUUUACUAAUCUGCUCGGCCUGAGAAUGCUCAGCAUGGAGAACUGCUAUUACAAAAAUCCCUGUGGCACAUGGGUGGCUGUUCCUGAAGGAGUCCUGUCCCACCUGGAUAACCUGACCCUGCUCUCUCUCAACUAUAACAACCUGACCAGUGUGCCACAGAACCUUCCAGCUGGCUUGAAAAUCUUUCUCUCCUUUAACCGGAUUACUCACAUCUCAAAAGGUGAUUUUGGAAACCUCCCCAAUCUCCGGACAUUGGAUGUGAAGGGGAACUGCAGCAGAUGUGACCACGUGCUGAACCUGUGUGCAGAGUCCAAUGGUUCCUUCCAAAUAGACCCUGAUUCCUUUCUUCCCCUGAGGUCACUGGAGGAGUUGGUGCUGUUGGACAAUUCCUUGCAUGAACUAGAUUCUCAGUUAUUUCAGUCUUUGAGGAACUUAAAGAUGCUUAACCUGACUAAUAACUAUCUCUACAACACCAUCACAACCAGCGCAGCAUUCAAAUGGCUCACCAGGCUCCAAAAGCUUUUAUCUUUUAAUUACCAAAAGAAGUACACCUUUACAAUGCUCAACCUGACCCAAUCUUUCCAGUACUUGGAGUCAUUGCAAGAGCUGGAGAUCAAUGGGUUUUUCUUCCGAUUUUGCUCACUGAAGAGGACAUACAUAGAAAGUGACUUUGAAGAGGCAGCAGCAAAUGCAAAGUUGAACUCCACCAGUCCGGAAAAUUUUAAACCCAGUUACCAGAAUUACAGCAAGAUUCUCAAUUUAGCAGGAAACAAUCUUGUGGCUGUGAAAGCAGUGUUGUUUAAGAACUUGAUUCGCAUUAAGUGCCUUAACCUAUCACAAAAUAGCAUAAGUCAAUCUAUAAAUGGCUUGCAGUUCACCCACUUGAACAACCGACGCAUGCUGGAUCUUUCCUACAAUAAAAUCAAUUUGUACUUUGAAACUGCCUUUACUGAGCUCCCCCUCCUGGAGGCCUUGGAUCUCAGUUACAAUGGUUACCACUUCUUGAUGCAGGGUAUUGGUCACAACCAGAAUUUCAUAACACACUUCAAAUCUCUGCAGUACCUUAGUUUGGCUCAUAGUCUGAUUCUAUUUGUAAUUUGGUUUAUCAGCAGCACCUCCUUAAAGGUUCUGAUGUUCAACAGAAACCAAUUAGAGAUGAUGUGAGGGCAUGAAGACAUCUACCUGAGGUUUUUCCAGAAUCUGACCAAUUUAAUCAAGUUAGAUAUCUCCAGUAAUCACUUGACGGGCCUCCCUUCACAGAUUCUUGAAAACCUGCCUAAGACUGUAAAGAUCUUGUGUGUUAGGAGCAAUCACAUCACUUUUUUCAACUGGACCAACCUGCAGCUUCUGCCUAACCUGGAGGUGUUGUUUGAAUUCAUCAUCAUUAUGAACAUAACAAUACCCAGCCUGACUAAUGAAGUCACCCAUGGCUCUCCAUGCGAGCUAAAGGGCAAGAGAAUCUUCACCCAUGAACUGCUUUUCUGCUCUGAAGACUCUGUCUCACUCUGCCUGUUUGGGUUUUCUGUGCUCUUCACCUUGGCAUUCUUGGCUGUGCCUACCAUGGAAUGCCUCUUUGGCUGGGACCUCUGGUACACCUUCUAUCUGUGCCUGGCACAUUUCCAGGCAUGCUCAGUGAAGAAAAGUAGUGCAGAAGAGGUGGAAUAUGAUGCCUUUGUGGCUUUCAACAAAGGUCAGAAAGCUGCAGCCGACUGGGUCUAUAAUGAACUCCAAGUCAGAAUGGAAGAGAGAGACCUCGCUCGGUUCAAAUUUUGUCUUGAAGAAAGAGACUGGAUUCCAGGGAGAUCCUUGAUGGAAAACUUGUGGGAUUCAGUCCACAAGAGCAAGAAAAUAAUUAUUGUGCUUUCCAAGUUCCAGCCUGCGAGUGGCAUCCUGAGAAUUACCUUUCACCUGGCGCGGCAGCAGUUGUUGGAGGACAAAAAGGAUGUAGUGUUAAUUCUGCUGGAGAAGAUGCAAAAGAAAUCCAAGUACCUUCAGCUUCGGAAAUGUCUCUGCAGGAAGAGAGUCUUGUUCUAGCCUGAGAAGCCCUGUGGGCAGCAGUAUUUUUGGGACAAGUUAUGAACAGCCUUGGCUGGGCAAGGAUAA